UUUUUUUGAGAAAUAUAUUGUUAAAGUCACCUUGUGGCAGCUUUUAAUGGACUUCAGUUCUUAGAUAAUAUUUUAAGAGUUCAUGCCACAGAUAUCUAUGGUUCACGAAUUCUAUUGAGUUAAAGAAUAUCCAUUAUCUUAUUCUUUAUCUCGUCGUGUGGUUCAAAAUCAUUAUUUAUCUGUUAUUAUUAUUAUUAUCAUAGUCUGUGGUCUGUUGCCUUGUUAUUAAUAGUGAUUAGUGAUUAUAUGUGGUGAUAAUAAAACGAUAUAAAUACAAUAUGUAAUAAUUGAAAAUGUAUCAGAAAUGAGUAAUGAGUAAUGACUUCAAUUAUGAUGAUCAUCUCCGUCACUCUGUCCACUUACUAAUACAAGUACUUAGUCAUUCAAUAAAUUUUAACAUUUAGAAUAAUUAAUUUUAAUUUUGACCAGAUUAAAGUUACAAAUUUGUGAUUUAGUGUUUUAAGAAAUUUAAAUUUAUAACUAUUUGAUAAAUAUAAAACCCCCUUAAAUGCUUAAAUAUGUUUUUGGACAAUAAAAAUAUAAUAUUGCUGUCAACUGGAUCUUUUAAUCCACCAACAAAUAUGCAUUUGCGAAUGUUUGAAAUAGCUCGAGAUCACUUAAAUCGUUUGGGACUUACAAUUUGUGGCGGUUUGAUAUCACCUACUCACGAUUCGUACAAAAAAAAAAGUCUAGCACCGUCAUUACAUAGAUGUGCAAUGAUUGAGCAAGCUCUUGUUGCACUACCUUGGGUGAAGUUGUCUGAUUGGGAAGUAAAACAAAAUGGUUGGACAAGAACGAGACAAGUACUACAAUAUCACCAGAAUCAUCUCAAUAUGAUCAUUACUUCUAGACUAAAUGAUUCAAUUAAAGUUGAUACUUCAUUAUUACCAGUCCAAUUUAUUGAAAAUCUUAAUGUCAAUAAUUCUAACCAAGAUACUGUGAAUGUGAGACUUUUGUGUGGUGCUGAUUUAUUGGAGUCUUUUGCUGUUCCAGGCCUAUGGAAUGAAGAUGAUAUAGAAGCUAUUGUUCGAGAUUAUGGUCUGGUUGUCGUUAGUCGAUCGGGAUCCAAUCCUCAUAAAUUUAUUUAUGAAUCUAAUAUUCUAACAAAAUAUAUGGCAAACAUUAUUGUUGUAACUGAAUGGAUAACAAAUGAAGUUAGCUCAACAAAAGUACGUAGAGCAUUAUCUCGUAAUGAAAGUGUAAAAUUUCUUAUUAGCGAAUUGGUUGAAUCUUACAUCAAAGAACAUGGUCUUUAUGAAUCUUUAAACCAUAAGUACUCGAAUAAUGAUAAAUUCGAUAUAAACUUGAAAAGUACUUUUUUGUCAUCCUCUCCUAGCGAUAAAACUCUUAAAACACAUCAAAAAGAUGACAAAAAACUUAAUAUUGAUGAACCUGAUAAUCUACAGUGUACUGAAAAAAGAGUUAAUAAUUAUAAAAACUCUAAGGUGAAAAGAAAGAGAAAACGCUAUCAGUAAAUCAGAUACUCUGUUUAGAAAUGUAGUAGUAAAUCAAUUGUUUUGUUGUUGACUCAUUUUUUUUUUAUUAACUUAAAUUUAAAAUAGUUGCAUGAAUAUUAAUUCCAUGAUUUUGCCUGUUUCUAUUAGUGUUAUGAUGUAUGAGUAGGAAUGGUGGUUAAAAUGUUUUUUUAUAUGUACUUACAUUAUUUAUUUUUUUUAUUCAAUUAUUUUCAG